AAACAGAACACAGACAUACAGGUGCCACAGAGAUCCCUACUUCCCUAUGUAAUUGGCAUUAUGUGGGGGCUGCCACUAUUAAAGAUGGCGUCGGCUUUCUGCACUACCAUAUGACGUUUCCGACUGUGAUUGGCUUCUUUCGGACCCCCAGAAAAAAUGGCCGUAUCCUAUUUGAAAGUUGCAGCAGAGGUUUGUUUUUAGUUCCGUGCCCUUGGGAAACAUGGCGGCUGCCGGCGGCGGAGCUACACGUGGGGCUCGGAUGUUGGCGGAGCGGAUCCGGGCUGAGAGGAAGGUGUUAGAGGGAGCGGCGAGGGAGACGAGUAGGAAGAACGCUCCCACCAUCGUGUACCUCAGAGAGUUAAAGAGUCAGGUGGUUCGUGAGGACCCAGAGCUUGUGCUUGUGAAUAAGCCCCAUGGACUGCCUGUGCACGGUGGCCCUACAGUGGAGCGCAGUGUGGCCUCGCUACUCCCAGCGCUAGCUAAGCAUCACUUUGGCUGGAAGGCAGAGCCUUUAAAGCUUUGCCAUCGAUUAGACAGAGACACUACAGGAGCCCUGAUCCUGGCACGGACCACAGAGGCGGCAGAGCGAGUGCAGCAGGCACUGAGAGAGCGAGAAGUGCACAGGGUGUACUGGGCUCUGUGUCUUGGCACCCCCUCUCCACGGGAGGGCAUUUUGGACAUUCCAAUCAUGGAGAAAGAGACUUCUGGCCCCCAGAAACACUACAAGAUGGCUCUCUCCCCUCGGUUCCGCGUCUCUGAGGAAGGGGCAGUGGAAAGAGUCCGCGUACCCCGAUCUGCGCACGAGGCGGUGACACGGUACCGCACCUUGGGGGCGGCCUCAGGAGCCUCCUUGGUGGAGCUACACCCAAUCACAGGAGUGAAACACCAGCUACGGGUUCAUCUUGCUCUUGGCCUGAACUGCCCGAUCCUCGGAGAUCACAAGUACUCUCACUGGGGCCGCCUCGCCCCACAGAAGCCCCCGGACUCUGUACUCAGGGCUCUUGGCUUAACGGUGCCACAAGCGCGGACCCUCUCGCUUCACCUUCAUGCGGUACAGCUCACCCUGCCAUCUUCUGAUGGAAGCACUCCCAUUGUACUGCAGUGCCCACUCCCGUACACUUUCCGCAAAACUCUACGCAAAUUGCGCAUCCCUCCCCCAGAUUUAGAAAGCCUCCAGCCCCCACCAACAGACUGAUAUCCCCAACCAAGAAAGAUUCAUCACUGCAGCGCCCCCUGGUGGGCCCCAAGCGAGUGGCAAUAGGUACUUGCCUGACUACAGAACGGCGCUGGGCUCAGAGGGAAUGGUCCGCUUACAGAGUGAGCCCUGUCAUAAAGUAAAGGAAGUCGUCAUGGCAACACUUAUGUAUAAAACACACAAUGAGGUUCCUUAAAUAACACGCAAUUUAUUAAAUGCAAUUAAUAUAUUACAAACCCUCCCCUGCACUGUGUCAUGCAAAAUAUGCCCACAAGAAGAUGGCGCAGGACAUCAUAAUCAAGGCGUUGAUAUUCACCAGGCGGGCAUACUUGGGGUCCUCUCGGAUAUCUGGAAGGUCGGACAACUGCUUCUCCUGGGUCUGAGGAUCGCUGACCCCUAGUGGACAGAGAAAUGAGUACAUGGUGAAUAAAGUGUAUUUAUAUUUUUGACUAUU